UGAGGUGCUGCCGUCUACCGGCGCGCAGUCAUACCUUCAUGUGUUAUUAAUAAUAUAUACAGUUACAGCAGACGUCGUUUACGUUUGAGGCUGAUAAAGAUGAAAUUGACGUCGAUUUUUAAUAACUCCAGAAAACCCCAAAAUGUGAAUAAAGUGCCAUUCAAGGCAAUGAUGUCGUUAGUCUUGAAGGACUACGUAACAACCAAGGAUUACAAAGUAGCAGACCGUGGAUGUUUACACGAAAUGUCCAUGCUUUUGUCAUGUCUCGAAGAGAACGAAUAUGAGGACAAAAAUUGCAUCCCACAAUUUAAUUCAUUCAAUGCCUGUUUCAACAGGUUUAAUCACAAUCUGCAAACUAGGAAGAUUCAGUCUGGGAAGAAAAUGCCCGUACCUAACAGUAACAACCAUACACCUCUUCAAAUCACAUCACUCCUUAGAAAAUUUCCGACAAAAUAAUGUUUUUCUUGUCAAGAUAUUCAUAUAUAGUGUAUGAACAAUUAGAGAAUUAUAUCAUGAUAUAAAUAUAAAAGACACAUAUAUUGUAAA